CUCUCCCGAAGUUCCUCAGGUUAACAAUUAGAAGUCAAAAUAAAUCCUAAUUACUUGACAUCUGAAGAUCAUUUUUGACAUUUAAAUUAAUUGAUGACAGUUUAGUUGCUCUUAAUUAUUUAAUUGUCAACUUGACUGUCACCUUAAACUUAUCAUUGAUAUGGCCGUAUUUAUGUUGAACGUUUGUAAAUUUAAUGCUUGCGGUUUAACAUUCAAAAGUUUAGGACAUUUAAUUCAACAUAUUGAAGAAACACAUAUCGACUAUGAUCCACUUGUCGUCGAACAGUUCGAACAACAGCAGCCACAAUGUAUACCACUUAGUUAUGCUCUACGUUUCCUCACCGAUGCAGCCAGAGAAAAAACACUGACGAGAAACAAAUCAAGUAUUUCGACGUCCAAGUGUAAAAAUGUCACGCCAACAGGAAGCGAAGCCGAGGAAGGAGAAGACCUGACGAGUGGACCAGAGGACAGCAAUGACUCGUGGGCGACAUCCGAAGAAUUUUCAUCGGACUACAUUCUACGAUAUGGGAGCAGGGUUGUCGGUCAAACAAUAAUCAAUCAGAACAAUAAUAACACGGAUAAGCCGUUCGUUUGUCCAGUACCUGGAUGUAAAAAGCGUUAUAAAAAUGUCAAUGGGAUAAAGUAUCAUUCUAAAAAUGGUCAUAGAGACAACGGCAAGGUCCGCAAGCCGUUCAAGUGCUCAUGUGGUAAGAGUUACAAAACAACGUACGGCCUAAAAAAUCAUGCCGCAAUUCAGCACAAUUGCAACGCCACAGGAUUACAAAUAAAAUUACCCAAUAAAUCAUUUAUCAAGACUGGAAGUGAAUACGACAAUUUAAUCUCUGUUAUUGAAAGUAAUGUCGCUGGUAAUUGCUCUGGAGAUACUAAAAUUUCUUUUAAGGUUUCACCUUCACCUUCAUCAUCAUCAUCUUCUACUUCUUCUUCUUCUUCUUCAUCAACAGCAAAAGUCAAAGUAUCAGCAAUUGAAGAUCACGGUUACAUAAAGUCAGUGCUCACUGAAGCAGAAGUUGUUGAAUGCGAUGACAAUGAUCUGGGAAUACUUACUCCGGCUUCAACUCCACCGCUGACAGCCCAGGGUGUUGUCAGAAGUGAUCACCAACAAUUAGUCGUUAACGGACGUAACAUACAAAAGUAUUUUACUGGUACAUCUAAAGGUAAUACUCAACGUCGUAAUGUCAAAAACGAGUACUAAGUACUAGUCAUAUAUAAUAAUAAUAAAUUACACAUGUCAAUACAUUGGACGUCGUUUGAAUGAACUUAUUUGUAAGAGUUCAUGCUGCUACAUGCAUGUCUUUGACGUUAAGUCUUUAAAGCUCGCGUAUGUCAUUUAAAUAAUAAUAAUUAAUAAAUAAAAAGAGACAUUAAUUAACAAACAAAUGAAACAAUUAGUAAAUAUUGUACAUUUGAGCAAUUAUUGUAUUAUUACAUGAUUAUUAGUGUGUCUUAAGUCUUUCUGGGAUAACUAGCAACGAAUGCCAUGUGGAAAAAUUAAUAUUGAUUAAUUAAUUACUUAAUUGAUUAAAAUCUUUUGCGCAAUCGUAUGUCGUACGAGUGCUCAAUCUUGAUAAAGGUAAAAAUAUAUAAAUAUAUAUAUGUAUAUAUUUAUAUUUCCUUGGCUUUUAAAUUUCGUUUGCUGUCGUAACUCAUGGAUACUCAUAUUGUGAUGAAAUUUAAAAUUUAAAACGCCUGAUACUAAUUAUGAAUUUAAAUAUUAUUGGAUAAUUUAUAUAGAGUUUAAAUAAUAUUUGUUAUUACAUUCAUAAUGCUAUUUAAAUUUUAAAAAUAAAUAUAUUAAUUGGCUCCUGUAGCUAUCAUUCAAAAAAUUUU